UGAUCUGACAUACUUCCAGAACGUUAGGUGAUCUCUACAACCUCGUUUUAUUUCCCUCGUUGGCAUUGGACGUCAUCCCUUGGGCAAACACUAUAAAUCAUUGUUGUCUGGCCACGACAUCUGAUUCCACUGUUCAUUGCCACGUACUUGAGUUACGGGGCAGUUUACAAUGCUUGAUCUUUCCGCAUCUUUCUGCCUCUUGCCGUUUCAUUCUCUUUAUGACUUCCCUCUCAGUGAUGAGCGUCAUGACAAACAUUCUGGUUUCCAAUGCGGUCGUUCGUUCUCCACCGAUUUCCCUCGUACGCGGUUGGGAUACGGUCGACAGCGCCACCGCAAGAUUAGGUUCCGUCUUAAUACCGUUGUCUAUUACAAAAACAAACGCUCAUUUUCAAGGACAUGUGCUUUACGACUCAAGGUCAAAGGCGUCGCCUCACGACAGCUUUCGCAGUCACGCCAAUCUCCGCAUUCAACGCGCGUCUGUAGAGAAAGUAUUGACUCUUCGCCCACUCCACAAUCUUUUAGCAGUCAAAUCUAUUCGCAAAAUUUAUCCCAGUCUUCUUCCGCUUCCUCUGGGCGCAGGUCUGCAUCAGAAUAUCCUCCUCCACAUUUCGUUCGGAGGCAGCCACGGAUUCAAGUCUCGUCUCUAUUAUCUGAAUCAUAUACUCCAACCUACCAGCUUGAGGUUGUUCAACAGCCGCAGAAAACAGCCGAGUUUCGGAAUGCCAGCCUUUCCCGGCUACCGCUCACCCCACCACUAGUUGCUAGACUUGUAGUAAGAGAUCCUUCAGGCAAUCCGGUCAUUCCCCAGGCAGAACUCCCAUUUCUCAUUGCCCACUUGUCGCUGUACACGGACAACGGGCUUACGCGCAUGGAUGUUGGCUACACGAUGGGCCAAGGACCACCUCUGUUGUAUGGGAAUUUAGUUUCGUCUCUAGACAUUCUAGAAGACCUUCAGGGAAACACGGGUCUGUUCUUUAUAUUUCCUGAUGUGAGUAUACGGUGGUGCGGACGUUUCCAACUUGGUAUAUCUCUGUUGCGAAUUUCUAGUACAGACUCGUCUGGUAAUAUCAGCUUGGCUGAGCAAGGCACCGUACUUGCCGAGACACGGACUCUUCCAUUUGAUGUACUACCACAGGAUCAGUAUACAGCAGUCCCGCAAACAAGACUAACGCAAUCCUUUCUUCGGCAAGGCGCCAGGAUGUUUUCAUUUUUGCCACAGUCAAACCCAUAAACACGACCAAUCCUUCGUUCUUCCCCGACGCAUGUUUUUAAAAAAUUUCGCCUUCGUUAUACAUCAACGGGCCCGGCUUAGGGAUUUACUUUUUUUAGACUUGCAAACCCGAGCAAUAUGCUUAUAGCCUUCGUCUUCAGUAUCUUCAAAUGGAGUUCAUUAUUCCUUUGCCG